AAUUAUGACAUAUUGAUGCAAAGAACGCCGCCAUAGUCAAAAGGAACAUGAACCAACCUGAAAAACUGAAUGAUCUGACGCUUCCACUUUGACUCUGUAGUUUCCAUAGCCACCAGCAGCAGAAGGUAGUGUUCUAAAAAUUGUAUUACUCUAUGGAAUGCUUCGCGUAAGACCCAAAUAUAUAGUCUGGACUUGGGACCUGCUGAAAGAUAUCCAAGUCCCAAAACAAAUCUUUCCUUCAGGGCUUUUGAUAAGUAUGUUCAUGGCAUCCUUAUUAGAAAAACCAUGGUCCAUUUUCUGCUACUUUGUUCCCAUUUUGAUCAUUUCUCAUUCCUUUGCAUUAGCUGCUUUUGCAACUCCAUUUGAAGCUAAUAAAAAUGAAGUAGCACAGGUGGCAAAGGAAGCAGAGGCCCUUCUAAGAUGGAAGGCCAGUCUUGACAAUCAAAGCCAAGCUCUCCUGUUUUCCUGGACUACUGGAGAAGCCCCUUGCAAUUGGUCUGGAAUUCAGUGCAAUAAGGCUGGAAGUGUCGCCUAUGUGAGUCUUACUAAUUCUGGGUUGAAAGGUACACUUGAGAGUCUUAUCAUCACUUUCUUGUCCUUUCCCAAUCUCAUCAAUCUCAACCUUAGCAACAAUUCCUUAAAUGGUACUAUCCCUUCACAAAUUAGGUAUCUUUCCAAGCUCAAUUUCCUUGACUUGUCUUUUAACAGUAUUACUGGCUCUAUACCUCAAGAAAUUGGAAUGUUGAGAUCUCUUACUGUCCUGGAAUUGUCAGACAAUUGUCUUAGUGGUCCAAUCCCAAGUUUUAUUGGAAACUUGACAAAGUUAGCAAUCCUUCAUCUUGGGAGGAAUCAAUUUUCAGGUUCUAUUCCUGAAGAAGUUGGAAUGUUGACAUCUCUUUCUCACCUUAGCUUAUCAGAUAACAAUUUUACUGGUACUAUCCCCACUUCCAUCGGAAACUUGACAAACCUGUCAACUCUUUUCCUUGAUGUCAACAAGCUUUCUGGAACUCUACCUAUAGAGAUGAACAAUAUGACUUGUUUGAGAUCUUUUAUAGUAUUCUCUAAUAGAUUAAGUGGCCAUUUACCCCAAAACAUAUGCGUUGGUGGAUUACUUAUUUAUUUUGCGACUUUUGACAAUGAUUUUACAGGUCCUAUCCCCAAAAGCUUGAGAAACUGUAGUAGCUUAGUGAGAGUGAGGCUAGAGAGGAACCAGCUUACGGGAAAUAUAUCUGAAGUGUUUGGCGUAUACCCAAAUUUGAACUAUAUAGAUUUGAGUGAAAAUAAAUUCUAUGGUGAGCUUACAUGGAAUUGGAGUCUUUUCCAUAAUCUGACAACCCUGAAAAUCUCAAAGAAUAAUCUCUCUGGUGAAAUACCAUCUGAGCUUGGAAACGCAACUCAACUGCGUUCAAUUGAUCUUUCUUCCAAUCAUCUAGGUGGGAAAAUUCCUAAGGGGUUGUUAAAAUUGAUGCUUAUCGACCUCGCUCUAGACAAUAACCUUCUUUCAGGCAGUAUUCCUCCAGAAAUAGGAAGGUUAUCUGAUCUUGAAUGUAUUAACUUGGCAGCAAAUAAUUUAAGUGGAGCAAUUCCUAAACAGCUUGGGGAAUGCUCAAAUCUAUUGUUCUUGAAUCUUAGCAGGAACAAAUUUACAGAGAGUAUUCCAUCGGAGAUUGGCAAUCUACACUCUCUUGAGAGUCUUGAUUUCAGUGAAAAUUUGCUAAUAGAGAAGAUACCACAAGAGUUCGGAGAGCUGCAAAGACUGGAGCUGUUGAACCUCUCGCAUAAUACGCUGUCAGGUUCCAUUCCUACCACUUUUGAUAAUUUGUUAAGCUUGACAAUGGUGGAUGUAUCUUACAAUGAGUUUGAGGGUCAUGUCCCCAAUAUUAAAGCCUUUCGUGAGGCUCCAUUCGAGGCACUUCGAAACAACUCGAAUUUCUGUGGCAAUUCCACUGGUCUGAAGGCUUGUGCUAUCCAUGUUCUUAACCACAGAAACACUUGGAAAGAGGGCAACAAUGUUAUGGAUUUGAUUGUUUUUCCUCUUGUGGGCAGUUUCUUUCUAACUUCUGCAAUGCUUGGAAGUUUCUUUAUCUGCAGAGCCAGAAAUAAGAAAGCCAGCUCGACCGGAGCAAGAAAAGAAAAUGUCCGUUCAAUAUGGAGCCAAGAUCAUGGAAUGCAAUAUGAAAACAUUAUUGAGGCGUUAGCGGAUUUCAACUCCAACUAUUGCAUUGGGACUGGAGGACAUGGAGUUGUUUACAAAGCUGUGCUGCCAACAGGUCAGAUGGUUGCUGUCAAGAAAUUCCAUCAAUCACAAGAUGGUGGGGAGAUAGCUAACUUGAAAGCAUUUAGAAAUGAGAUUGAUGUGUUGAUGAAUAUCCGCCAUCGAAACAUAGUGAGGUUAUAUGGUUUCUGUUCGCAUCCUAAACUUUCAUUUCUGGUUUAUGAAUUCAUGGAAAGAGGAAGUCUCAGAAUGAUUUUAAGUAAUGAAGAACAAGCAAGGGAAUUGGAUUGGGUCAAGAGACUAAAUGUCAUUAAAGGAAUGGCUAAUGCAUUGUCCUUUUUGCACAACCAUUGCUUUCCUCCAAUUAUUCAUGGAGACAUUUCUAGCAACAAUGUUCUUUUGGAUUCAGAUUCUGAAGCUCAUAUCUCAGAUUUUGGCACAGCUAGGCUCUUAAUGCCUAACUCCUCCAACUUUUCUCCUUUUGCAGGAACAUUUGGCUACACUGCUCCAGAGUUAGCUUACACGAUGAAAGUGAAUGAAAAGUGUGAUAUCUAUAGCUUUGGAAUGGUAACGUUAGAAAUUCUAAUGGGAAGACAUCCAAGUGAUCUUAUCCCAUUUCUUUCAACAUCACCAUUACCAUCAUCUUCAUCUUCAUUCUCCUCCUCAUCAUCAUUCUUAUCGAUUGAUCAACAUACACUAGUGAAGGAUGUAAUCGACCAACGCCUUCCACCUCCUGAAAACAAAGUUGCUAAGGAAGUAAUUUACAUUGCAAAACUUGCAUUUGCAUGCUUGAAUAUCAAUCCACAAUCUCGGCCAACCAUGCGACAAGUUUCUUUGGAGUUAGUAGCUAAAUGGAUUCCAUUAACAAAGACAUUCUCUGCAAUACAGUUGGCAGAAAUAUUGGUUUAGGGAAGUGCCAAUGGCUAAUACUUUAGAAGACUUUAUCCUUUUUAAAGCUAAUUUGCAAUGGUUGUAUAUGUUUGUGUACUUUGUCUUUGGUAUUGGUAUUAAUAGGACAUUGGUUGUUAGUUAAGGACUCAAUCUAUAGAGACCAAAAAAGAAUUCUUCUCAUUAGAA